UUGGAGUAGAGGGAGAGAGGGAGAGUGCGGGCAGACAGAAUAGCGGUGUGUCAGUGGAGGCAGACAGACAGCAUGGUUGAAGAUUGCAGGCAGUUCUAGGACCAGCCAACGACUCUCCAUGUAGUCCCAGUACCAGCAGAGCUUAGAGGGGGGGAGUCAAAGGAGACAACACCUGGACAUAUAUCUAACCAUACUGCUGGAUGCAACAACCUGACCUAACCAAAAUAUUUUUUUCUCCUGUAGGGUUUGUACUUUUUGAGAAGUGGAGGUGUUUGCCGUGGGGGGAGUUUUGGUUUCAUUUCUGGGCUGGUGUCUGGGCUGGGCGGGCAUUCCCGAGGGACCGCAUGCAUGACACAACGCAAAGGCGAGAAGCCCACCAUCAGCAUCCAGGAGCACAUGGCCAUUGAUGUGUGCCCGGGCCCCAUCCAGCCCAUCAAGCAAAUCUCUGACUACUUCCCCCGCUACCCACGGGGUCUCCCCCCUACAGCGCCCCCGCCUCUUAGCCGGACGGGCUCCCUGCGUUCCGCCUCGCUGAACGCUACCGUUGACAUCUUGGUUGGUGAGGAUGACCUGGACCAAGCCUUUGCUGGGGCUACUGCUGCCCCAUCACCAUCCACCAAAAAGGAGGAGGAGCCUGACGUGGAGGGCUAUGACUCAGAUGAUUCAACCACACUGGGAACCCUGGACUUCAGCCUGCUGUACGAUCAAGAGAACAACGCCCUACACUGCACCAUCAACAAAGCAAAGCUCCCCAUCCCCAGGUAUAAGAAGGGGCUGAAACCAAUGGAUCAUAAUGGGCUCUCAGAUCCUUAUGUCAAACUGCAUCUGCUGCCUGGGGCCAGUAAGGCCAACAAGCUGCGCACCAAGACCCUGCGUAACACCCUCAACCCUGUCUGGAGUGAGACCCUGACCUACUACGGCAUCACUGAUGAGGAUAUGGUCCGCAAAACACUCAGAAUUUCGGUAUGUGACGAGGACAAGUUCCGCCAUAAUGAGUUCAUCGGCGAGACACGUAUCCCCCUUAAGAAACUCAAGCCCAACCAGACCAAGAACUUCUAUAACUGCCUAGAGAAACAGCUGCCUAUUGACAAAACUGACGAUAAGUCCCUGGAGGAGCGGGGCCGCAUCAUGAUCUCUCUCAAGUACAGCUCCCAGAAGUCUGGCCUGGUGGUUGGCAUCGUCCGCUGUGCACACUUGGCCGCCAUGGAUGCCAACGGCUUUUCCGACCCAUAUGUGAAAACGUACCUGAAGCCAGACGAGAACAAAAAGUCUAAGCACAAAACUGCUGUGAAGAAAAAGACCCUAAAUCCUGAAUUUAAUGAGGAGUUCUUCUACGACAUAAAAUAUGCAGACCUCACCAAGAAGACCCUGGAGGUGACGGUGUGGGAUUACGACAUCGGCAAAUCCAAUGAUUUUAUAGGUGGUGUUUCUCUGGGCAUCAAUGCCAAUGGUGAGAGGCUCAAACACUGGUUUGACUGUCUCAAAAACAAGGACAAGAAAAUAGAGCGCUGGCACACACUGACCAAUGAACUUCCCGGUUCUGUGUUUAGUGACUGAAGGUCCACCCUCCCCUCACUCCCACUCCCAACAAGCUCCUUACUCCUGAUUCUCUGUGGAUAUAGGAGUCCAGCCUUGACCGACGCUCCAGCUUUUUUCCUGCAUUUGGAGAUGUUUACGUAACCAGCUUCCUCCUCUCCAACCCUUAAGCUCCUUUUCAUUUCUCUCCUCUCCAAAGCUGUUAAAUUCAUAGUUAUGAUACUGUCCCUCUGGUAGUGUGCUGUGUCUUUAUGGCUCAUGUAAUGACACGGUUUUUGUGUUGAUCCUGCAACAGCAGUUUGGUGUUGUGAGAAAAUGUUAGCUGUAUGUCCAACAAUACUGCAAGUCAAUGACAUACUGCACCACAUGAUUCUAAUCAUUUAUUGACAAGUUAGACACGCCAGAUUGUUUGAAGGCAUGCACUUUGUUAUAAUCAUGGGAUAUACAAAAAUAUAGUUUACUUCAGACAUCAGCAUGUAAUGUUUACAACAUUUCAGGACAGAGAUUCACACAAACUGUACCACUGUUUUUUGGAAAAGGGAACUUUUGCAGGAGAGAGGGCCAAAUUACAUACAGUACACUUUACACAGAUAAAUUUAAGAUCAUUGCUAAUAUCCCAUCCUGUGUGGUUGGGGAUUGGGUUGGAUUGUGUAGUGCAGGUAUUUUUAUUAUACUAGCAAAGUAUGUUGUUGCUUACGUAUGUUGUUUUCUCAAGUAGUGUAAAUUGUGAGCCUCCUCAGUGAGUGUAUCAAUGAAUGUAUGUAAUUAUAACCCCCGGAUCCCAGAGUAACACCAAUGAGAAUGUGCACCCAAGUGCUGUGUUACUGAAACCUUUCAUACGUGAAAAGUCAUGGUUUGAGAUUGUAAGCAUGCAAAGUUGUUCAUAUUGACAGAGGGAAGGGAAUCUAGAAACUUCUUCAAUCCCAAUGUCAAACUGUCAGAAAUGAUGUCUGCAUCAACAAUCACAUUAUUUAAUCCCCAUACAUUUAUAUAUGUACAGUAUAUGUAUAUUUUGUUGUUGUUGUUGAUUGUUUAUAAUUUAUAAUACGAGGGCUGUCAUUGUCAGUCUAGGCACAACUGUGCUUAGUCCAAGGCUUCUAUAUACACAAGAUUGUGUGUCAAAACUAAUUAAAUGAUAUGUCAAAAAAUGUCUAGCUUCAUUAUGAAGUCAACAUUUAUUUUAUAUAAACUUUGCAAUUAUUUUAUUGUUGCCCAUUGUCUGCCUGACUAAAAGUAUGUUCAUGUGUGUGUUUGUGUGUGAGAGAUACAUAUUUGUGCUCUAUGAGGUGAGCCGGUGACAUAAAUAUGGCUGAAAGUUUGAUCCUAAGUGGUAAAAAUGACUAAAUGUUUAUUAUUAUUUAUAAUAAUAUAAUAUUAUUUUUUAUUAUUAACAAAUGUUUGUUUCUGUUUACUCCACUAUUAUAAUACCUUCAUUGUUCUUAGCUAUUUCAUUUGUUUAAUAAUUUAUGUAAGAUAGUGUUAUUAAUUUUGUA